UGCCGGCUGCGUCCCCAGGUGAGUCAGGUGGUGGCUUUGGCCCACCCACCUGUUCUGGUUCUGCCCGCCCCAGCCGGAAGCUUCAUCCAAGGACUGUGCACAGUUCCUACAGGUGCUUUCCUAGCCUGGAUCCUCCUCCCCAGGUACUCCUCUGAUUGAGGUGGUCCACCUGCAAUAAUCUCCGAUCCUAGCUGUUCCUCUGACAGGUACUUCCCCAAAUACUCCUCAGAUUUGGGUGUUGCUCCUCCAGACAUUCCUCUGACUCAGCUGCUCCUCCUACAGGACUCUGUGCUCCAGGGCUGCCUGGCAUCUGGGGGGUCUCCUUGGAGCUACGGCUCUUCUGGCAGAAGCUGAGGCUCACCGGUGUCUCCAGGCCCCUUCAUGAGUGAGGCAAACCAAACCACUGUGGGGCCCUCAGAGCUCUCCACAGCAUCAGCCAUCUCCCCUGGGCUGGGCACUGGGGCCCGGGCAUGGCCUGUGCUGGUGGGCGUCGUGCUGGGGGCUGUGGUCCUCUCUCUCCUCAUCGCGCUUGCUGCCAAGUGCCACCUCUGCCGCAAAUACCGUGCCAGCUACCAGCACCGCCCGCUGCCCGGGACCGGGAAGGGUGUCUGUCCGGAGGUGGGUGAAGAAGAUGACGAUGGCUUCAUCGAGGACAAUUACAUUCAGCCUGGGGCCGGCGGGCUGGGGACAGAGGGCAGCAGGGACCACUUUUCCUUCUGAGCCCCCAUCUUUGGUCACCCCCCACCCAUACCUGACAGCUGAAGGACAGUGGAUACCACAAGGGGACCGUGAGCCUCAGGGACGGAGGUGUCUAGGGCGUAAGGGCUCACCAGGGGUAGAGCAGUCCUCCCUUCCCUGACACUGCUGCUGCUCGGGUGACAAACUUUCUCUUGCUCAAUCACCCUCGAUGACUCCCUGCUGUACUCAGGACAGCUACCAAGGGCCGGGCUAGGGAAAUAAGGCCUCUGUCAGCCUCUUGGUUCCCUUUCUUGCCUUUCCCGACAUCACUCCCUACUAAACGAAUUAUUUGUUUUUCCUUCUCUCCUACUUGGUGUUUCUCCAUGCACUUUUUGGUCACACUCUCUCCCCGGCCUAUACUGCCCUUCUGUUCUUGCCAAUCCUCCAUGACUGUGAUGAAAGUCCCUGGUCCAUCGACUCCCUGUAGCCCGCCUACCUGCCAGCAUUUCAAAUGAGCCCGAUGAGAACAUUUUAGCAGGUGCCAAGCAGUGUGCCAACUUUCUUGUUGAAAAUUUUCCUUAUCAAUAAAGUGAGUCAUCUAAACGGUUACAGUA